CCCCGCGUGCGGCACAGGGCGCCCGCCAGGCGCUGCCCGUUGGCUCCGGACAGGAGGGAGACAGGACCCAGCGCAGCCCCCGGCGCUGCCGGCACAUGGGGGGCACGGGUCCCGCCAUGGCGGUGCAGGACCCGCGCCCCAACCACACCAUCUACAUCAACAACCUCAACGAGAAGAUCAAGAAAGAUGAGCUGAAGAAGUCGCUCUAUGCCAUCUUCUCGCAGUUCGGGCAGAUCCUGGACAUCCUGGUGGCGCGCAGCCUGCGGCUCCGCGGCCAGGCCUUCGUCAUCUUCAAGGAGCUGAGCAGCGCCUCCAGCGCGCUGCGCUCCAUGCAGGGCUUCCCCUUCUACGACAAGCCCAUGCGCAUCCAGUACGCCAAGACGGAUUCCGACAUCAUUGCCAAGAUGAAGGGAACGUUCGUGGAGCGGGAUCGGAAGCGGGAGAAGAGGAAACCCAAAGGGCAGGAAGCUCCCAGCGGGAAGAAGAGCGGAGCCGGAGCCGCAGCACCGGUGCAGGGCAGCGUUCCCGGAAUGCCGCCCCUGAGCCAGGCGCCGCGCAUGAUGCACCACAUGGCGGGGCAGCCGCCCUACAUGCCCCCGCCUGGGAUGAUCCCGCCUCCUGGAAUGACUCCCGGGGGAAUCCCGCCCGGAGCGAUGCCCCCCCAGCAGGUGAUGCCGGGGCAGAUGCCUCCCUCGCAGCCGCUCUCGGAGAACCCCCCGAACCACAUCCUCUUCCUCACCAACCUCCCUGAGGAGACCAACGAGCUGAUGCUCUCCAUGCUCUUCAACCAAUUCCCGGGAUUCAAGGAAGUGCGGCUGGUUCCCGGGCGCCACGACAUCGCCUUCGUGGAGUUCGACAACGAGGUGCAGGCGGGGGCCGCGCGCGACGCGCUCCAGGGCUUCAAGAUCACCCAGAACAACGCCAUGAAGAUCUCCUUCGCCAAAAAGUGACCCCCCCCGCGCCCCCAGACACCCCAAAAUACCCCCAAAACACCCUGAAACACCCCAAAAUACCCCAGAAACACCCCCAAAUACCCCCAAAACACCCCAAAACCACCCUGAAACACCCCAAAAUACCCCCAAAACACCCCAAAAUACCCCAAAACCACCCCCAAACCGCCUUGACUCCCCCCAAACUGCUUUGAACCCCCCCAAACUGCUUUGAACCCCCCCAAAUCCUUUUGAACCCCCCCAAAACCCCCUUUAAACCCCCCCCAAAACCCUUUUUGAACCUCCCCAAAACCCUCUUUGAACCCCCCCAAACCUCUUUGAACCCCCCCAAAACCCCCUUAACCCCCCCCAAACCGCUUCGAACCCCCCCACACCCCCUUUGAACCCCCCAAACCCCCUUUUGGACCCCCUCAAACCCUUUCAACCCCCACAAAACCCCCUUUGUACCCCCCCAAACCCCUUUUGACCCCCCCCAAAACCCCUUUUAACCCCCCCCGAAGGUAAGUUUGCCCCAGGGCGGCCGAACCUUUGCUCCCCUGCCCCUUCCUCCCCCCCCCUUCAUUCUCCCCCCCUUUUUUCCUGCCCCCCCCAGCCUUCAGCAUUGUACCCAGGGUCUUUCCAUAGACAUUGCACCUGGAGCCUGUGUCCCCCCCCCAAAAUAAACCCCCCUGUGCCCCCCCCAA